AUGGAAAUGGAAAUGGAAAUGGACAUCGACCUGAGCCCCGCACACCAGCGCUCCUCGCGCAAGCACCUACGAUCUAGCGACGACGAUAGCUGCGAUUGGAGCUCAGACGUCUCUGGACAAUUCGAUGAUGCCGAAGAGGCGCACGCAGACGACCACCGAUCGCCACCCACGAAGCUGACCAAACGACGUCGCUCGAACGACUGGCCAUUGCCCGAAGAAGCUGCUGAUUACGGAGCCCAUGAUCGCCGCACCCAUCGCAGUGAAAAUGGAAGUCGCAACGUGAGUGGAAAUGGCCCAGGCUACAAAGCCUCUCCCCGCGCUUCGCCUCGUGGGUCACUAGCUUCGCUGCGCGCCCGCCAUGCCGCGGCAUCUGCUUCCAGCCCCCGCCAUCCCCGAGGACGAACAUCACGAUUCGUCGAAGCGACUAUGAGUGAUAGUGUGAGCGAGAAACCACCCAGCAUCUACUUCCAGGAGCAGGAAAAUAAGAACGUUGGCCUGCAGCACCGCUCAUCUGGUAUCUUUCGUUUUGGGAAGGCCAUUGCCUCGGCGUUUAAUCCCUUCGGUGGAUGGGGGAGGAACUCUGAGGAAUCGCCGAAUAAGUCGCCGCAGAAGGAUGUCAUUCACCAGGCGGAGCAGGCAUACGCGGAAUUGAAAAAGGCCGGUUACAAGGGUACGAAUAAGGGCCAUUACACCGAGGAUCUUGGUGUCAACACUGCCCUCGCCGACCAGACCUGGCGAUCUAUUCAGCAAAAGAUGGAACAUGGUUCUCCAGUAAAAGAACCGUAUCGCCACCCAACUGAUCAAGGAAACCGUGGUGCAUCAUUACGCUCUGAGUCUUCAGCUUCCAAACGCUCCUCUCUUCAGGAUCUUCGCCUGCCGAAGUCAUUCUUCAAAUCCCACGGAUCGCCACCUGCUUCCUCAGCGGUGUAUUGCGAUAGAACUUCGGAUGAAUAUGAGCCGACUGGACUGCGUAAGCAGCCCUCCCGCAGGGAACUCUCGCGGCAGACCAAGCUGCUCAAAAAAGUAAGCAACCUCGAGGACAAGCUGCAACGUGCCCGGAGGGAGCUUCGUGACCUCACAGGUAACGAGGAGCGGAUCCCAGCACCUAUAGUCCAACCAAAGACUCUCAAUACCGAGAUGGAUCCCGCAUCGUUCCCAAGGAAGUUCGUCCCUGGAGCCCUUCCCACACUACCGUCGGAAAGGCUGCUGGAUCAAAAGGCCGCAGAAAACGAGGCGUCUAGAUCCGCAGCGGCCAAUGUGACGGCCCUGCCAUCAAUGGAUGACUGUGAAUCUUUUUCAUUUGAUGAAUCACAAUUACCUCCAACCCCGGCUAAUGCCCAAAGUCCAAAAUGGCGCUCCAAAGGGACACAACCGUCGUCAAUGGGUAAGGACCGCUCUUCCCGUAAACGGAAGUCUUCCAUUCCUGAAUCUAUCGAUAGUGGGAACCCUACUCAGCCCAGUCCGACGAAAGGCCUCCAUAAUCAUGAACGGGACUCCGAACUCGAGGUUCUGAUUGACUCCGGUCUCCUUAGCCCACCCGGAAAAGCGAAAUGGCCGAAAUCCGAAGCCGGCGAGAGCCCCGGCUCAGCCAAGCGCAAGCAGACCAUCGACCACGCAGCUCCCCCGACCGAGCACGAAGAGAAGGAGGCAGGAGGAAGUUCAAGUGCUACGCGCAACAUCAAAAGGUCCCCCUACGUUCAACCCCGAAAAGUCUCCGGAACCACCCGCUCACCAAGUUCCAAGCCCACAACCCCUCUCCGCAUGAGAAAGAGCCAGACCAGUGUGCGCCCCGCAUCUUCGCCUGCCGCUGCCUCUGACGACGAUUCUCGCUCCAAUAUCUGGUCUACGCCUCUCCCUGCUCUACCAAAUGACUCCCACCGCGAAGCCUUCUACCACCACCCACAGCGCCAGCUCAAUCCUGAUCGUAGCCCUCGCACCCCGACACGGUCGAAGACGUCUCCUAGUCGGAGGCGGUCUGGGUAUCUCUGUGACGACGAUAUCCCGCCCGUACCGCCCCUCCCUGAAGAACUGCGCUCGAGUGCUGCCAAGGUCAAGGUCAAUGUGAAUAAGUCGCCUAAAAAGAGACCUGUGUCUGCCCCAGUGUCUGCGCCUGUGCUUUCUCCAUCGUCGGCUUCUGGUCAGGAGUCUUUGAUUUCGGGCCUAGAGGAUUACCGGUGGCCUGAGGAUAUCUUCUGA